UUAUUUCCGAUCCUCUCUACCUUUUGUGUUCCGUGUAGUGCAGGUUGAAAAGGGCAAGGUAGCGACAUCAAAUCGGGCAUUUAUUUGUCGCCUGUAAAUUAUAAUUUCUUUAAAAAAAUGUUAUCCAGAGCUGUUUUAUCAGGCCAAGCAUCUAGAGCCCUCAUAGCUUUCAGUUCAAGAACUACCAGCACGUCUUCUGUCAACAAUCAAUCUGCAUCAGAUGCACCACAAGCACAGACCAGUCUGAGGCCCGUAAGACAAGAACCUGGUAAAGUUAGACUAGGUUUUAUUCCCGAAGAAUGGUUUCAGUUCUUCUAUAAGAAAACUGGCGUAACAGGUCCAUAUACGUUUGCAUUCACUCUGUCCACUUAUCUGGUCAGCAAAGAAAUUUAUGUCUUGGAACAUGAGUACUAUUCUGGUCUUUCUCUUCUGAUUAUGUGGAUAGUGGCAAUUAAGAAGUUAGGGCCACCAAUCGCUGCUUAUCUUGAUAAGGAAGUUGAUGAAUACGAAUCCGCAUGGAAUAAGAGCCGAGUGGAAGAAAAGCAAGUCCUCGGCGAACAAAUCGCCGACGAAGAAAAGGCACAGUGGAGUCUCGAAGGUCAGAACCUUCUUAUUCAAGCUAAAAGGGAAAACGUCGCCCUUCAGCUUGAAGCAAACUAUCGCGAGAGACUCGUUACUGUAUACAAUGAUAUCAAGAAACGCCUGGACUACCAAGUUGAAAAACAAAAUAUCGAACGGAGAAUUGCCCAGAAGAACCUCGUCGAUUGGGUAGUAGGCAAGGUCAGGGCCUCCAUCACUCCAGACCAAGAAAAGCAGAACAUUAACAGAUGUAUUUCUGAUCUGGGGCUUCUAGCAAAGGCUUAAGUUGUAUACAUAUUAAUAGUGAAUAGAUAAAUCUAUAAUCUACACACUUUUUAAUUAAUUUGCUGUAAGAAUUGAAAUCGUGGAAAUGUAGCAGCAAUUCGGUGCAUACUACUGAUAAAAUAAAUAUUUGUUAAUUAAAAUGA